CACAACAUAAUGUCAAAGCAAUCGCGAACAAGACGUAUUAAGUUUUUUGGACGGUUUAAAAAAACACCAAUAACUGAAUCUAACCAAGAAGUCAAUCAAAAUUGUGAACAAAAAUGUAUAAAAAAUAUUAAUUAUUCAAAAUUGUCACCAAAAAUGAUUGUGAACAAAAAGGAUCAUCCAGCUACAAGUACUACUUCAACUUUAGAUUCUAUCAACUCCUCUUUAACUGGUAAAUUUUUAAUUUCCAACAUAGGCGACUCUCCGCAUUCUCAUGAUAUACAAAACAAAGGUUUCAUUAUAAUUCAUCUUUUAGACAAAUCGUCACAGCAAAUAGUACGACCAUUAGCCAUUACAACAUUAAUAAAAGAUGGAAAAUCAGAAAGUUUAAAGCAAAAUAAUUUUUUAUGUUCAGGGAUGAUUGAACAGAGAAAUAAAGAUAUCCGUGUAGAAGAGGUAAAUCGAAAACAACUAUAUAAUUCAUGUAUUCGCCCAAACAAUUUAUUUAUUCCUAAUUAUUCACCUUUACCUACAAGACCAAAAUCAGAACUUUCUAGAAGACCAAGUAUUUCUUUAGCUGAUUCAACCGUUUUACAAGGAGAAGCUGGUUGUGGUAGUAAUAGUGGAAGAUUUACGAUUAAAUAUGACAAUACAGAAUAUGUUGUUGAUGUUGGUGGCAGUCAAACAAAUAUAAAUAAAAAUCAAGAUGGAAAUACUAAAAACAAUAAUUUAAAUAUUAAUUAUCGGUUAUAUCGUCGUUCAAAUUCUGUUGCUACUAAUAAAUUUAAUAUUAAUAAUAAACCUAAGAUGUCUGUUGUUGGAAGGAUGGCUUCAAUUUUUGUUAAUGAUGGUAUUAUAAAUAAUAAACAAACAAACCCAAUAAGUCAAAAACAAAAAAGGCCUACAUCUUGGGGACUUUCAGAAAGAAGUUGCGACACUGAUAAUUCUAUAGCGGGAAGCGAGGAAGAUAAUCAUAAUAAUUAUCAUAAUUUUGACUGUAAUGAUGAAAAACCAAAUGAAAAGGAACAACAACAACAAAAACGUUUUGGUGAAAUGGCUCUUGAAACUGUUAAAAGACUUCGCUAUAUCCUUCACCAACUAAAUUCGGGCCAAUUACCUUUGGAGGAUCUUAAAAGAAAUAUUGAAUAUGCAGCUCUCGUUCUUGAGACUGCUUAUAUGGAUGAGACUAGACGAAUAUGUGAUGAAGAUGAUGAUUUGGCAGAGGCAAGAUUUUAUAGAAAACGUCAUCUAAAAAUGUUAUUCCAGGUUACACCUGAAGCAGUGCCUGAGGAAGUUAGGGAGUGGUUAGCGGCUACUUUUACAAGACAAGCAGUUCAACCUAAAAGAGAAAAGCCAAAAUUUAAAUCUGUUGCUAAUGCAAUAAGAACUGGAAUAUUUUUUGAAAAGAUAUUUCGGCGCACUCAAGUUGUAUUGGCUCCAAUACCAAAUGAAUAUAAAGGAUAUUUACGUAAUAUAAAUAAUUGGAAUUUUAGUUCAUUUGAGUUGGAUGAGUUUACAAAUGGACAUGCAUUAAAAUAUAUAAAUGUUCAAAUUCUUGAACAUUUUCUUUUAGCUUUAGAAGUUGGUUAUAGUAAACAUAAUAAUCCUUAUCAUAAUUGUGUUCAUGCGGCUGAUGUCACACAAACAUCACAUUGGAUACUUUCACAGACUGGACUUGCAUUACUGGCAGUUCUUUUUGGUGCAUUAAUUCAUGAUUAUGAACAUACUGGCCAUACAAAUAAUUUCCAUAUUCAAUCCGGGUCUAAUUUUGCACUUGUAUAUAAUGAUAGAAGCGUUUUAGAGAAUUAUCACGCUAGUUCUGUAUUUCGAUUAAUGAAAGAUGAAGAAAAAAAUAUUUUUGAAAGAUUAUCGAGAGAUGAGUUUCGUGAUAUUCGAAAUAUGAUUAUUGAAAUUGUGUUGGCAACAGAUAUGUCAACCCAUUUUGUACAAAUAAAAACUAUGAAAAAUAUGCUAACGCUACCGGAAGGAAUUGAUAAAAUGAAGGCUCUGUGUCUAAUUGUACAUGCCUGUGAUAUGACUGAGGGCGUUUUAGAGGAAUUUUUCCGUCAAGGUGACCUCGAGGCAUCUAUGGGACUUCCAUAUUCCCCUCUUUGCGAUAGACAUACAACACAUGUAGCGGAGUCACAAAUUGGUUUUAUAGAUUUUAUUGUUGAGCCGACAAUGGUUGUAUGUGGUGAAAUGCUUACAAAAAUGGUUGAACCACUUGUUUCCCUACCCUCAUCUGACUCUCUUUUCCCUCCUGGACAAAAUGCUGCAGAUGGUGAUGGAAGUGCGUCUGCUACUUCAUUAUCUCCAUUGCCUCCUGAUUUGAAAUCUCCAUCACCUGGCAAUCCGGUAUCUGUUCGAAAAAUUCCUAUCAACUAUUUUGGAAAGUUGGAAAUCCCUAGUCCAUGGAUUCGACAUUUACAAGAGAAUAAAAGCAAUUGGCGAGAACGGGCAGUAAAAGAAGAGGCAGAACGUAAUCGAAUCCAACAAGAGAAACUACAACAACUCACUAAUGGGCACACAAAUUCAACAGAAAAUGGUGGUGAAUUAGUAGAAGACCACUAA